AUGGGGGAUCCAUCUUCGAAGAGAAGAGAGACAUGCCACGGGGGUGCAUCUGUGGCACCCGUGGGUCCCAUAGACCAGAAAGGAGAAGCCAAAGCGAAGCAAAGAAACCCCAAAGAAUCCAGCGGACAAGGGCGCAUGAAGAAUAUCGCUGAAAGUCGGUCGGCAAGCCAUGGAAAUAUGUUCAACCGCAAGAAAAGAAAAGGGAAUGUCUCAAGCAACAACAUGUCACCCCCAGGAUUCAUGCAAGGACAGAAUGCAAGAAAUCUUUCUAAUACAGGGCGCGAGAAAUCAUCAUCCCGGGAAAAAGAUGGCAUAAAUGGCAUAAGUGGCGGAUAA